GGCGUUGGACUUGUCCUUGUGCGCUACGAAACACGAAAUCCCUCCUCAAGACGCUUAGAAAAGCGCGCAAACGGAGAGGUGUUCGCAACAAAAAGAUAAAAGGCCAAACACCCUAGCCCUUCUUCUCUCGUCUUCUCGACUUAGCCGUUGCUCACGAAAACCAUUCCACGUCACCGUCGCCCCAAACUCUCUCCUCCCCCCUCCCUCUGAUAUAACCCCAUUUCUCUGUAAGUUUUUUCUCGCUUUUCCCAUAACCAUAAGUCGCUAUGGUGUGUCUCUGUGGUAACCGCCCAGCUCCUUCACCUUCGCUUCUCUACCAACCGCCGCCACCACAUUAAUUGGCCUCCCCCUCUUCAGUUCCCUGGCCCAAUCGGAACGUCCACACGUCAGAAUGAUUGAUUCCGUUCUUCUGGCACUCUUCUUGCCCUGCCUCGGCAUGAGCGCCGUCUUCAUGGUCUACAUGUGUCUUCUCUGGUACGCCACUACCCACCGCCCUCAAGUCGCGCUGCCGUCGAAGCCCUCGCCGGAGAAGGGCUUGUCGGCAUCGCAGCUGGAGAAGAUGCCCAGAGUCACCGGGAAGGAACUUUUGAUGGGGAGCGAAUGCGCCGUGUGCCUCGACGAGAUCGAGAACGAGCAACCGGCUCGACUGGUUCCAGGUUGCAACCACGGGUUCCAUGUGGAAUGCGCCGAUACCUGGCUUUCCAGGCACCCUAUGUGCCCGGUUUGUAGAGCCAAGCUGGAUCCUCAGCUUCUGAAUCCCUGCGAAAAUCCCUGUUAAUCAGCUCAACUCUCCCAGAUUCAACCCUCGCCGCCGGUGUCGCCGUUGGGGUAAAAUUAGCCAUAAAACAGAGUGAAACCAGCUGGUUUCUCUUAGCUCUGUCUGCGUUGUGUAGAAUUAAGUUGUAAGUGGUGUGUUUUUUUGGUUUUGGAGGAAUGUAGCCGUGAAAAAAUUCAUGUUUCUGGGAUUGUGACAUUGAUUUGCCGAUUAUGGGUGUGGCGGCGGAAGAUCCAUGGUCUGAUUGAUUGAUUGUAGAUGUUUUCAGAGUUUCAGUUUUCAUUUAUUGAUGAAUUUAGCAGGUUAUUACUUAAGAACAUGGUGAUGCUGUUGUUGGAAGCACAAAAAUAGCUAUAAAUCUUUGAAGGGUUCCAGAAUUUUCAUAUCUGAAAAGGAAAAUGAAAUCGAAGUUUAAGAGUGAGUGGUGUGGAUGAGAGAGAAAGAGAGCGGGGUAUUCACGCGAACACAUGUAAAUCCACAAAAUGGUUAACCUGGUGGUUUCCUUGAAGGCAA